AUGAGCGGCGGGGCGCGGCCGGGACGGCGGCAGAGCUCGGCCCGCACCCCCCCGGCCAUGAGCGGCACCCCCGGGGCGGCCCCGCAGCCCCGGGCCGGCCCCGCACGGCCCCGCACGUCCUUCCUCAUCCAGGACAUCCUCUGGGACGAGCCCGAGCGGGCCGGGAGCAGCGCGAAUGCGGAGCUGGGAGCGGCCAGCGAGGAGAGCAGCGGGGCCAGCCGGGCUCCGGGAGUGCCCCCCGGGGGUCCCCAUCCCCCCGGAGCCGCGGGGACAGCCCAGGGACCCGAGACAGAGGCGCCGCUGGAGCCGUUCCUGCCCGAGCGCGGCCCCGCCGCAGCCCCGCCGCCCCCCCGGCCGGGCAAGCGCUCCCGAGCCGCCUUCUCGCACAGCCAGGUGAUCGAGCUGGAGCGCAAGUUCAGCCACCAGAAAUACCUGUCAGCCCCCGAGAGAGCUCACCUGGCCCGGCACCUGCAGCUCACCGAGACCCAGGUGAAGAUCUGGUUCCAGAACAGGAGGUACAAGACCAAGAGGAAACAGGUGGUGGCCGGGAUGAGCCGCUUGGACUCGCGCCAGGAAGCGCCAGAAUUCCCGGGAAUGUCGCUGCUGGCACUCAGGGGUGCCUGGCCCUACCUGCCCUGCCUCUACUACGUCAAUUCCUGGAGCCCCUCCUGGUAGAAAUGGAUUUUUAAGAUGGUUUUCCCAAAAAUCCAGAGGGGAGGGAUUGCAGUGACAGAGUUUCGUAGUGGCAGCGUGAAACUGUCUCAUCACUAACACUGAAAUAAGUGAAAAAGAGCCCCAAAUUUAGUUGCAGUGCUCUGGGAAUUCCCAGGGAAUCCGUGGCUGCUCCAUCCCUGGAAGAGCCCAAAUCCAGGCUGGAGCUAAGAUCACCUGGCCUUGCCUGCCCUGCUUGUGCUGUGUCAAUUCCUGGAGCCCCUCCUGGUAGAAAUGGCUUUUUAGGUGGAAAAAUCUGGUUUUUCAUGAGUCCAGAGGGGGGGUAACAGCAUUUUGUAAAUGGCAGCGUGGAAUUUUCUCAUCACUAACACUGAAAUAACCAAAGAAACAGCCCAAAAUUUAAUAUCAGUUAAUUCAGGUUUUGGUUACACUGCUCUGGGAAUUCCCGGGGAAUCCGUGGCUGCUCCAUCCCUGGAAGUGCCCAGAUCCAGGCUGGAGCUGAGAUCACCUGGCCUUGCCUGCCCUGGGCAAUCCUUGGAGCCUCUCCUGUUUUUUGGGAGGAAAACAUGCAGUUUUUCCUUAAAUUCAGAGCAGAGGCAUUGGCAGUGGUGGCAGCUCAAAGUUUGCUCCUCACUAACCCAGAAAUAACCAAAGAAACAGCCCAAAAUGUUAAUAACAAUUAAUUCAGUGUUGGAUUGCAGUGCUCUGGGAAUUCCCAGGGAGGGGCUUGGAGUCCCCCGUGAUAGAAACUGCAUUUUUAGGUGGAAAAUGUAAUUUUUUCCCUAAAUUUGGUGCAGUUUAACUCUGUGUUGCUCUUCCUGAAGCAGAUUAGGGGUGGAAAUUUCAGGGGCAGCCCAAACUCUCUGGCCACUAACACUGAAACAACCAAAGAAAAACCAACCCAAAAUGUUAAUAUCAGUUAAUUCAGUGUUGGAUUGCAGCGCUCUGGGAAUUCCCAGGGAAUUCGUGGCUGCUCCAUCCCUGGAAGUGCCCAAAUCCAGGCUGGGGCUGAGGGCACCUGGCCUUGCCUGCCCUGCUUGUGCUGUGUCAAUUCCUGGAGCCCCUCCUGGUAGAAACCCCAUUUUUAGGUGGAAAAUGUAAUUUUUUCCCUAAAUUUGGUGCGGUUUAACUCUGUGUUGAUCUUCCUGAAGCAGAUUAGGGGUGGGAAUUUCAGUGGCAGCACAAACUCUCUGGCCACUAACACUGAAAUAACCAAAACCAACCCAAAUUUAAUGUCAGUUAAUUCAGUGUUUGGCUGCAGCGCUCUGGGAGUUCCCAGGGAUUCCGUGGCUGCCCCAUCCCUGGAAGUGCCCAGAUCCCUUCCCCAGCCGGAGGUGCUCGGUGCCACCCCGCAGGGACAAUGGCGCAGUGACAGACGCGCUUUGCAUAUCCGGGUGUUGGCCCUGCCGAGCGCUCCUGGGACUGGCGGAGCAGCAAAUCCCGGCCCCGGGGGCGAGCUGGGGGUGCCGGUUGUGCUUUUCCAGCCCCAGGAUUCCAUGGAUCAGCCCAAUUCCCAGCGCUGGGACACCGCAGCAGCCACAGGGUGAUCCCAAGGAGCCGUUUUUAGGGGGGAAUUUCCCAUUUGCACUUCGAGAACAGCAAAAAUUCAACAUUUCAAAAACUAAUUAUACUUAAAGUCGCAUUAAUUUCACGAGAAAAGGAGACUUUCUUUAGUGUUUUCUUUUUUAGAUGGAAAAUAUCCUUAAAUUUGGAUAUGAAGGAAUAUUUCCUUAAAGGAAUACUUCCUUAAAUUAAUUUUAAUGGAUUUUCUCAGCUGGAAAUGCAUUUUGAACUUUCCUGUGAUUCCUGCUCUUCCCAUGAAACUGAAAAUUCCCUCCUGGAGCAGGAAAACGCAGCCAACAGAGAACGGGAAGGAGCUGCCCUGAUUUUCCCCUUUUCCACCGGACUUUUGGGAUUUCUCUUUCAUCUGCCGACCCCUCUGAGCUGCCAGGCCGAGGAGGCAAAAAUU